AUGGCCGACAAGAUCAGCAAAGCACAUGUGGUGCGGCCAGGCAGAAACACCAUCUUUGGGAAGUUCACCCACAAAGAGAUCCCAGGGAAGAUCAUCUUCGAGGACGAUAAGUGCCUUGCCUUCCGUGACAUUUCCCCACAAGCUCCAACCCAUUUCCUAGUGGUUCCCAAGAAUCUUAUUGCUCAGUUCUCUCAAGAUCAAAAUUCUGAUGAUGCUCUUCUUGGAUACUUAAUUAUUGUGGGCAAUAAAUGUGCAACUCAAUUAGGGCUGACGAGGGGAUACCGAAUAGUGGUGAAUGAAGGGCCAGAUGGUGGUCAGUCUGUCUAA